AUUUUGCUGAAUACAUUUUAUUAUUUAUAAAUUACAAUCAGUUAUAGUUUGAUAUUAAUGUGUAUGAAUAUAUUAUGCAAUUAUAAUGGCAGCACCAAAGGUUAAAUUAAAUAAUGGUUUAGAAAUACCGGCUCUAGGAUUAGGCACUUGGCAGGCAGAUACUGAAGGCGAAUGUUAUGAAAUCGUGAAAUAUGCUAUCGAUAUAGGAUAUCGACAUUUUGAUUGUGCAUUUAUUUAUGGAAAUGAGAAAGAAAUUGGUAAAGCCAUUCAGGAGAAAAUAAAUGAUGGAACUGUUAAACGUGAAGAUUUAUUCAUCACAACAAAAUUAUGGAACGAUUGUCAUAAUCCAAAAGAAGUUGUGAAUGCUUGUAAAAAAUCUUUAAAUAAUUUUGGCUUACCUUAUGUUGAUUUAUAUUUGAUACAUUUUCCAUGCGGUCAUGAACCUGAACCAGACGGCAGUGCUUUCCCAUCGUCCAUCAAAUCUGUUCCAUAUAAUUUUAUAGAUACUUGGAAAGAAAUGGAAAAUUGUUUAAAGUUAGGUUUGACUAAGAGCAUUGGUGUGUCAAAUUUUAAUCACAAACAAAUUGAAAGACUUUUGGAGAAAGCCGACAUUAAACCAGUGUGUAAUCAGAUUGAAGUUCAUCCAAAUCUUAAUCAAAAGAAGUUAAUAGCAUUUUGUAAAGAACGAGGUAUUGAAGUUGUUGCAUACGGUCCAUUUGGAUCACCGACAAGACCAUGGGCAAAACCAACUGAUCCUAUUGUAAAAUUUGAUGAUCCAACGUUAGUCAACAUUGGUAAAAAGUAUGGUAAAACAUCCUCUCAAGUUAUAUUACGUUACUUAGUGGAUAUUGGGACAAUACCGAUUCCUAAAUCAACUAAUAAGGAACGUUUGAAAUUAAAUAUUGAAAUUUUUGAUUUUAAACUAACGUCUGAUGAAAUUCAAAUUAUUGAUAAGUAUAAUUGUAAUGGGAGAGUUUUUUGUGGAGUUGAACUAAAGCCACAUCCCGAAUAUCCAUUUAAUGAUGAAUAUUAAGAACAAAAAUUAUAUUUGAAAUAUGUACGCUUAAAUGAAUCAAAUAAUAGAGAUUGGAUGAUUAUUUUACAUCUGACACCUAAAAUAAUCAGUACAUACCAUACAUGUGGGACCACCAUUAGACUAGGUACAACUAAUUCAUUUUUAUUGCUGUUAAUACGAAAUACUAUAUUAAAAUAUAUAAA